CGAAAUAAGAAGUGGAUCAGCUGUCUCGCUCGCACUCGCCAAGGAAGUUACGCUGGAGUUCGAAGGGAAAUCAUGUGCGUGCAUUUGGGUAAGCCAACUCAAAAGCGUUGCAGCCAUGUGUAAGCUGGAUGAGGAGUCGCUUCGUAUGCUAUUAGCCAUGAAAUUAAAAGGAAAUGCUCAGCACUGGCUCCAUGCAAACCCGACUCGCUUGCGUGAGCCUUUUCAAACAUUGUGCGACCAAUUGAUUUUAGCAUUCGGCGCUGGAACUUCGAAGGCGGAGCUACGACGAAAGUUUGAGCAGCGGAAAUGGCAACAAAAUGAGCGUUUUACAGUGUAUUUCGAGGAAAAGAUCGUUUUAGCGCAAUCGAUCAAAUUGGACAACGAUGAGCUCUUGGAACAGAUCAUCGAAGGAGUACCGUCGCUGAACUUACGUAACCAAGCGCGUAUUCAGAGAUUCGGAGAUCCAGAACAAAUGUUACAAGCCUUUGCGCACAUAUGUCUUCCGAAGUACGAUGGAAUGGGAGGCACCAAGACGACGGAGGAGGAUAACAACAAGCGAUGCCACAACUGUAAUUCCAGAGGUCAUUUUGCUAAGGAGUGCCGCAAGCCGAAGAGGGAGCCGGGAUCAUGUUAUGCGUGCGGAGAGAUGGGUCAUUUCAUAGCGGAAUGCAAGAAGAAGAAGAGUGUUGGUGUACUCAGCGUAAACACCGGGCUCAACAACAGUUAUAAUGCCUCAUAGACUCAGGAAGCCCUAUUUCAUUUCUGAAAAAGUCAUUAUUUCCAUUAAAUAUACCACUGGAUAAGCCAGUCAAUAAUCACUAUGUUGGAAUUAACAAAAGUAAAUUGAAUACGUUUGGAAAAGUAUCUUGUUUUGUAUUGAAGAAAAAAAUAAAAUUUAGUUUUGAAUUACUAAUAGUCGACGAUGAGUCUAUGAGUUAUGAAGCAGUGUUGGGUCGGGAUUUCAUGCGGCAUAAAUUUCAAUUUAGAGAUCCUGAAAUAUUUUGAUAUUAUAAGAAAAGGAAAUGGCGCAAAGUUUUCUGAACAAUCACAUAUGGUUAGUCAACGGAAAACAGAAACCCCUAUCAACACUGUAAAAUAUGAGUCUAGUUUACAACCACUGUUAAGAACAGAAACUGUUAACUGUCCGAUGUUAAGCAAUGAAACUUUAGGGGACAGACUGCGACUGUUAAGCGACAACUGUUAGAGACACAUCCUGUUAACGAUAACAGAAUGAACAAUGCAUCACAGCUGUUAGGAAAUGUUUAUGAUAAAUCACAACUGUUAGGAGAUAAUUAUGCCAAAUCACAAUUAUUAAGAGACGAUGAUAGUGAAUCACAACUGUUAGAUGAUAUUGAUGGCGAAUCACAACUGUUAGAUGACAUUGAUGCCGAAUCACAACUGUUAGACGAUCAAUUUAUUAAGGGCGAUAAAUUAAAUGAAAAAACUGUUAUGGAAUUAUUAGCUGAAGCGGAAAUUGUAAAAAGAAAUCCAGGAGUUUCUACGGAUAAGAAAAUAGUUAAGAGCGAAAAAGACUUAUCAACGGAAAACAGGCAAAAUAUAAUUAAACACAUUAGACAACAAGAUUACGAUAGACUGCAUAUAAAACGAUAUGAUGGGCCGGAAUUGGAAGAUAGUUUUGACAAAGACAUGUUCAAUAUUCAGAUUGUAGAAGAUCAAGAACAAGUUUAUAAUUAUGGAGAAGAUAUAGAUUUUAAAACACGUUGUCAAUUUGUAAAGAUGUUCGAGGACACAUAUGUAAAGACCAAAAGGCCAGAUGUUCCAAUGAUUAGGUGCGAAAUGAAAAUAUCAUUAAGCGAUGAUAAGCCUUUCAGUUGUUCGCCUAGA